GUUACCAAUUUACUCCGUAUUUAUUUUAUUAUCAAUUCUACAAAAAAAAUCAAUAAAACAAAAAAGAAAUUCGGAGAGCACGUCGCCACGCCACCCAGCUCCCGCGGUUCCUAUUUCCGGCACGGCACCGAAGACACCCAAAAGAGGCUUCGCCGCCGCCGCCGCUCUCUCAAAACAUUGCUGCGCUUCCGUGACCUUGGGAGCCCGACUCGAGAGCUGAAGAUGCAAAACCAGCUCUAUGUGGAAACCACCAGACUUGCCCUAUAAUCUCUGGUUUAAGCAACCAUCGCUAUGCAAAUGCCAAGGGACAGUAACAGCUGCCUCGGGUUGUAAGUUAAAAGGAUGGAUUAUGGUAAAUGUACAUCAAUUACCAAGGCUCUAUCUUUAAAUAUUGCACCAAGUUUUCUGAACCAGAUGCAUACAAAAACACAAUUUGAAGAGCAUGAAAGAGCUUCUGAGCUUGCCAAUACAAAGGAUGUUGACAUUGAUAGUAGAGAAAUAUAUUUUCUAAUUAUGCAUUUCUUAUCAUCUGGGCCAUGCCAUAAUGCAUUGGGGAAAUUACAUGAUGCACUUUUGGAACAUGAGCUUCUACCUAGGAGAUACCAUGCUUGGUAUUCACGAAAUAGAGAAAAUGGCGGAACACAUAAUGAUGAUGGGUCAUCUUUCCCUUUGAAUUAUGAUAGCCUUGCUCAAAGGUAUGUUCACUAUUUGCUUAUUGAAUUCAGGAGAAACUCAUAAAAGUCAUGGAUUUUGGUAUUCUUUUAGCUUACCUUAUAGUGUUUGUUUAUGGCAAUCAUUAUUUCAUCCGUCCAAAAAUAAACUUUACACCUUUCU